GCUAUUCUUUCUGGUCUCAUUAAGAAAGGUAAACCAUCCUAUAGUGUAUAUUUUUCCCUAUAUAUUGAAGAAAUAAAGGGACGUAAAAGACGUAAAAUUUGAAUCCGAGUUUACACAAAAGGGUCCUAGGGCUUGUAUAAUAUAUUCAAAAAGAUAAAGGUAUUAUACUGCAUUUAGCAUCGUUAAAUAGAUACAAGGGCACAAUGAUUAAGGCAGUUAUUCUCAUAAACAGCAUGGGCAAAAUUAGGCUGAUCAAUUUCUAUGAGAAGCAGAUUGGGUUUGUGCAGCAGCAGGCACUUGUUCGAAGUAUUUACCGUAUAAUUUCUAAUCGCAGUGACGAGUUAUGCAAUUUUAUUGAUUCGUUCACCGAGUGGCCGACUGCUGAUACGCAGAUUAUUUACCGUCGUUAUGCGACGCUUAUAUUUGUUUUCGUGACUGACUCAUCAGAGUCGCAGCUUGCGAUUUUAGAUCUUAUCCAAGUCUUUGUGGAAGUCCUAGACCGCACUUUUGAGAAUGUCUGUGAGUUGGAUUUUAUUUUUCAUUCUGAAAAAGUUCAGCAUGCACUCAUGGAGAUUAUCAUGGGGGGUAUGGUUCUGGAGACAUACCGUGAAGAAAUUAUUCGAGGGUUGUCUGAUAUGGCCAAUCUGGCUGCAGCUAAGACAGCUACUUUAGGAGGGGUGAGUAGGAGGUUAAUCUCGGGAUAUAAGUAGGUGUGUGAAGAGUAAUCUGAGGAAGGAGAUAGUACAAGGGUGUAGUUCAAUAUUGUACUGCCUGUGCUGUGUGUUCACGCUUUUUUAUUAUUAAAAAGGUUAAUAUAAAGAAGCAGCUGACAUGCAUUUUUUUUUCGUU